UUUUACCUCCUCCGCUUUACCCUAGCAACACUAGCCGUUCAACCCUAGCAACACUAGCUAAAAUCAUGGCCUUGGCUGCAAUGAAACCUAUGAAGCCUGGUUUAGAGGAAUAUCAUGAUCAAGUUCACCGUGUUAGGAUUAUUCUUUCUUCGAAAAAUGUCAAAAACCUUGAGAAAGUGUGUGCCGAUUUAAUUCGUGGUGCUAAGGAUAAAAGUUUAAAAGUGAAGGGACCCGUUAGGAUACCAACCAAAGUUCUCCGAAUUACUACUAGAAAAGCCCCAUGUGGUGAAGGAACAAAUACUUGGGAUAGGUUUGAGCUCCGCAUUCAUAAACGAGUGAUUGAUCUUUUCAGCUCAACUGAUGUGGUGAAACAGAUAACUUCCAUUACCAUUGAACCUGGCGUGGAGGUUGAGGUUACAAUUGCAAGCUAAAGGAUCUGUUUUUUUUUUUAUGAUUUUCUUAUGAAUUGCAGACUGAAGUCUAGAAAUUCUGGUUCUUGCAAUGGUUUUUUGUUUCUUUUUGGAACAGUUUGAAUUAGCUAUAUUGGAUUUCAAUUUCCUAUAUUUAAUUGUUCUCUUCGAUGAACUAUUUGGUGAAUCUUGAAGGCUUUUUUUUUUUUUUCAAAUUAUGCCAUAUUUCUGUUGAUUUUUA